CGUUCGAGUGCUCUACCUGUUUUCUUGUUUGAAAGGUCUUUCCUCUCUAGCUUGCUUUGCAAGAGCUUGCUCGAGAAGAGCUCUCGGUCUCCGACAUUUGCUACAUCAACAAAACUCAUGGCAGUAUGAUUCAAAGUGGGGUGGAUGCGAGAAAUUCGUUAAUUGAUAUGUAUGAGAAAGGUGACCUCGUUGAUCAUAUGUUUGCCAUAUUUUUACAAUGAAAUCAUCUCUUGGAACUCUUUGAUCUUGGGCUGCCACAGAUCAGGUUUUAGAGUAUUGGCACUAAAUCAGUUCUUUUUAAUGAGAAUCAUUGAGCACUCUCCUGAUCAGUUCAACAUUGUACCAAUAGUAAUCAGUGUCUUUUCUUGCCUCCAAGAGUUAGAAAUUAGGUAAGCAAAAUUUUGGUUCCUAUUUCGAGAUGGGAAUUACUUCUAACAACAAUGUACUCAGUGCUGCUAUUGACUUGUUUUCCAAAUGCAACAGCUUGGAGGAUUUAGUGCAGCUUUUUGAAGAUUCUACCUUCAAACGCAUUAGAUUUGUGUAACUAGAAAUUAAUAAAUUAAAUUCAUAUAUGAUGUAUUGAUUUGCUUAGUCCAAAUGAGGAGUUUGUUAACUCUACAAACGUAAUAAAUAAAAAAACAAUUUCUAAUUAAGGAAUCAAAGUUUAUUCCCAGCAUCGGCUUGGAUAAUAAGAAAAGAAGUAUAAAAGAAUUCAAGCGUUUUAGAAGCGUCUGGCUGACCUCUAGCAUCAAGCUGAAUUCAAAUACAGAAAUUCCUCGCAAUCUUCUCUUUGGACGCCGACCUCUCCCGCCUUCUUCUGGAGUAAUGGGGAAUAUCCUGAAGCAUAUCUCAUAUCUGCCUCCAAUUCCAAGGAUUAUUAUGUUAAUCCGAUUCAGAACGAGAAUUUUGGCAAUGCUUCUGAUUAUUGGGCAGAAAUCCACACCAUGGUACAGAGUUGUCCUUGACUACGGCAUCGGUUUCGAUUCCGAUUUCUUCUUUUCCACGGAUAAAAGGGACUAGGGUUUCAACACCAAUCCAGUUGGACUCUCUUCAAUGACUUGUAUGGAGACUCCUCUUACCUCGUCCCGUAUUAUCAUCGCCUAUGAUGCUACCAAAGAUCGCACUGAACACGAGCUCCAGAUUACGCUCAGGAACUUGUGGAUGAGAGGCGACAUUCUCCGUGGAGGCGAUACGCUUAUUGUGCUCGGAAUCCUUCACAAGGUGCUUCAUCCCAUGGGAUACCAAUUGAAAGCAUGCCCCGACUCGAUUUUUGGAUCCGGCCUUCGUGCAAUGGAGGAAGAAGUUUCGAAGAAAGUAGAUGCGUAUAUCGCCAUGCUUCAGCAAAGUGCUGAGAUGUGCGAAGAUGGAGGGGUAAUGCUUCCUCUAACUCCCCAUCAACAGGUCAGCAUUGAAGUCAGAAUCACUGCUGGUUUCCCUAUUAAGCAUGUUAUUAUACAAGAGAUUAUGGUCUUUAACGCGAGUUGGGUUAUACUUGACAGGCAUCUUCGACGGGAUGAGAGCUUUUACCUUAGACAUUUAUCUUGCAAGGUUGCUGUAAUCUAUGAUAACUUGUCUGUGAGAGUUUUGAGAAAUAAGGUUACAACUGCGGUCGAUAAACUAGAACAUAAAUUGUUUUACUCUAAAUCCAUGUCCAUUCCAUCAUCCGAUAGUGAAAGCUUGAGGGAUAGUGAGCAGACUGUUCUCUCCAUCAAAAGCUUCUCAAUGCAAAGCAGUUCUCAGGAAAGUUCAUAUGCACAGAGCAACUGUACCAGUUCAUCUAGUAGCAUGUCUAGAGAGGCGUUGGAUCCUGAGCGGUCUUCUCAGCAAGAAAAAGUAGGUACGGAUUCCAGAGAGCAGAAAAUUUAUGCAACUGCUUCCCAGAUUGUCCAAUGUCCGAAUAAGGACGUCUUUCAACAGAAACAUUCAGAAGCACCGAUUCUAUGUUCAGUUUGUGGGACGAGGUCUGAGUUGUAUAUGAAGGAUACCAUGAAAUUUAGCUAUUCUGACAUUCAGCGAGCGACUGCCGAUUUUUCAGCAGCAAACUUAUUAGGAGAGGGUGGUUAUGGUCAUGUAUUUAAGGGUGAACUCAAAGAUGGACAACUCAUUGCAGCAAAAGUACGGAAAGAAGCAAGUGCACAAGGAUUUGUAGAAUUUCAUUCUGAGAUACAAGUCCUGAGUUUUGCUCGUCACAAGAACAUAGUGAUGCUGUUAGGUUAUAGUAGCAAGGAAAACUUAAAUGUUUUGGUGUAUGAAUAUAUUUGCAACGGGUCUCUUGAUUUUCACUUGUUUGGUAAGACAAACACAGUUCUUGAAUUACAUCAAAGAUAUGGCAUUGCCAUUGGAAUUGCUAAGGGACUGCGUUUUCUGCAUGAAGAAUGUCGUGGAGGUCCUGUAAUACAUAGAGAUGUCCGUCCAAGCAACAUACUGCUCACACAUGAUUUUGUUCCUAUGUUAGGUGAUUUUGGCUUGGCCAAAUGGAAGACAAAAGAUGAUACUUCGCAUACAAGGAUACUCGGCACAUUUGGAUAUGUCGCACCAGAAUAUGCAGAAAAUGGCAUUCUCUCAGUAAGAACGGAUGUAUACGCAUUUGGAAUUGUGUUACUACAAUUAAUAUCUGGACGUAAGGUGUUUGACAUGAAGGAUGAUGUGCAGGGACAGUCUCUACGAGAGUGGGCUGAACCGUUAAUUGAGAACUUAGCAUUACACGAACUGAUUGAUUCUCGAGUAGGAAAGACAUACGACACAUAUGAAUUGUACCUCAUGGCCAGAACUGCAUACUUAUGCGUGCAAAUGAGCCCUGAGAAUCGUCCAUCAAUGGGAGAGGUUGUGCGCCUUCUUGAAGGGGAAAAUGAUCAUUUUCACUAUCUUGGGGAGAAGCUAGUACCUCGUUAUACUAAGUAAAUGUAGUGGUGUGUUUUUGCUGUGUUUUUGCUUUUUCUCACUUUCUUGUAAUAGAGGAACUAGUUUGUUUGCUAUAGAAUGAAAGAAUGUAGCUUCAAAAUUUGGGAAAAUAUCAUUUUCAUUGUCAAAAUCCCAUAUUGACUGGAUAAGAGAAAAAUCACGAGUAUAAAAAUAAGGGACAAUAUCACUUGAUACAAGAUCUUUUUGAUGAAACAAAAAACAAAACCAUGU